AUGGCAAACUCGGGCGAUACGAAAGAUGAGCUCGCAGCUCUCGGCGCCGGCAACCUCUUCGCCGUCAAUGGCAUGGUCGCCGCCAUCACCGGCGGAGGCUCGGGUAUCGGUCUCAUGAUGGCAAAAGCCCUCGCCGCCAACGGCGCCUCAAAGGUCUACAUCCUCGGCCGGCGCGAGGAAGUCCUGCAAUCAGCCGCGGCCUCCAUCGGCCCCAGCGCCGUGCCCCUCGUGUGCGACGUGACCUCCAAGCCCUCCCUCCUCUCGGCCGCCGCCGCGAUAGAGAAGGAGUCCGGCUUCCUCAACCUCCUCGUCUGCAACGCCGGCGUCGGCGGGCCCCAGGUGAAGGCGCCCCCGGCCGAGAUGACCGCCGCGGAGUGGGCCGAGCAGCACCUGGCACACGACGCGGCCGACUACACGCGCGUCUUCGACGUCAACGUCACGUCGGUGUGGUACACGACCAUGGCGUUCGUCAAGCUCCUGGACCUCGGGAACCAGAAGGGGAACCUGUUCCAGAGCUCGCAGGUGGUGUCGACGAGCUCCAUCGGGGCCUUCAACAAGAACGCGCCGGGCGGCUGGGCGUACGGGCAGUCCAAGGCGGCCGCGACGCUCCUCGUCAAGCAUCUGUCGGCGAAUCUGCCGAGGUGGAACAUCAGGGCCAACUGCAUCGCUCCCGGAUUGUUCCCAAGUGAGAUGUCGGCUCCCAUCGCGAAGCUCUACAGCAGCGACGGCAGCGUGCCCAAGGAGAUGGUGCCCAUGCAGAGGAUGGGGGAUACCCAGGACAUGGCCGGGGUGAUGCUGUAUCUUGCCUCGAGGGCCGGCGCGUACUGCAACGGAUCGGUCAUCACUGUUGACGGUGGUAGACUCGGAAACUUCCCCACGACUUGGAUGGCCUAG